UCCAACAAAUCAAAUACAGAUCAAUCCUAAAAAGACACAAUGCCCGUAUUUUAAUACGUGCAUAUGUAUGUGUAUGAUCGCACCUUGACCACAACCGCAGAUUGUUGCCCGCUGUGAUAAGAUGCCGACCGAACAUUGGGGCGCGUUAUCCGAUGAUGAGGACAGCAAUCCAUGGAUGCCGGAGAGGUGUGUGCCAACGUCCUCCAAGAAACCAAAGCUGGACGAGUUAGACCAGCUCGACCAGCUAUUGCCCAUGGAUGAAAAUGUCAUAAUUGAGUUGAAUUGUUCUCUGAUUACCCAGACCAUUGAGGUGAUGAAGCAAACGGAAAUGUUGCAGUCUCUCAUCGAUACAUACUCGAACAAAAAUGCAAGUCCAUAUACAUAUGGUAAUUCAAAUUAUCUGCUAAAUCCCUGCCAAAUGAUACCUGAAGUGGACUUUCCGCCAGAGAAUGUUGCCGAUUUGGUAAAUGAGUCAAAGUUUCAGAAACCAAUCUGGUUUAUACGCACUGAGGACACGUCAUACUCCCGUGGUGAACCGGAGGAAGUCCCAGAGAUCUCCAGCAACUGUGCCCGGCAUAUUUUGCGUAAGGUUAUGUGCGGCCUACUACGCUUGGCAGGCUUUACGGAUUGCUCCGAGACGGCUGUUUUACUACUCACAGAUGCAACCGAAGAAUUUCUACGCGGUUUUAUUUCGGAAUAUCGACGACGUUGCGACAACAAUGCCAAGCUGAAGAAAUCAACAAAAAUGCAGUUACUCCCACUCGAGCAGGCCUCCUUUGCACUGACAGGCACGUCCGUGACUCAGGUACAUAACUACUACAAGCACAAGGUGAUCACACGCAAUCGAGCCGAAAUUGCAGAGUUCAAUGGCGUGCUGCAAGAAUACUAUAAGCUUAUGAAGGAAAGCCAGAACAGCAUGAUAAAGCAUCAGCAACACAACGAUUUUAAUGGUGGCGACUAUCUGACUUUCGAGUUGCAGCCAGGAGAUGAUGGCGGCAACAGCACUACCGGCAGUAAUAGCAUGGGCAUUGUAGGCGAGAUGACCAUGCAAGAGCUGGGUGGGGGCAGUACCAGCUCAAGUAUAUCGCUAAGCACCAUGAGCAACGGCCAAUCACAGAUCAUUAGCGCAAAUGGAAAUGCCGUGUCAUACAGCCUGCAAGAUGGUCAAAGCAGUACUCCCAAUGCCACUUUGACCAGCUCAAGCAGCUAUCAGUCUUACGAGUAGAAAAUACUUACUUAUACUUAUUUACAGACCAGAAUCCCAUCAGGGUCUAUAGAAAUACUAAGCUGAGUAACGCUCAUACAAACGAGUGUAGAAGGAAACCUCGUGCAAUAGAAUUUCGCUAAAAACAUUACCGCGGUGGCACAGAAGUCCGAGCAUAAAAUCAAACUGAAGCGAUUUCUGCUAUACUACAUUGCCUAAGUGCUUUAAAUCGUUACUCAUCUUAGUGUUUUUAUAAUCCUUGAUGACAUUGUCUAUCCCCUUAGAUUAUAAGAAAAAAGUGUAUUUUAUGUAACCACUCUGGGACAAAUUGAAAAUCAGUAACAAUAAAAAAAAUCUAUAAAUUUAAA